UCGGCAUUGUGCUUCUCUUCGCCUUCCAGUACCAGCCACAUCCAUGUUCUGGCUAGUCCCUCCUGCCAACCCAUUCUAGCAUCAGCCUCUGGUUCGCCAAACCUAGAGCAUAAGUCGAAUAAAUUCAGCGGAAGGUUUACCAGCAGCAGCAAAAGCACUGAGGACACAAAUGCAGAUAGUGGUGCUGCUUUGACGGUUGCUAGUCGCUAUUCACAACCAAGCUAUGCCUCAGAUAUCGGUUCUCGUCAAAGCCGACAACGUCCUCCUGGAAUCCUGACACAUUCACCUCCUCCAACACACACUAGGCUACAGCCUCAAUUUCGCCACCAGUUUCAUUCUCAUCAACAAGCCCAGUACAAUAAUCACCCCAAGAAAUCGUCACACUACUCACUGACGUCCCAAUUUUCUCCAGAUUCUAAGCACUACCUGCCUCCAGCACAAAUCCGACACUUGUCUAACCAAAGUCAAUUGGAAAGUCCACAAGUUAAUUUCGACUCCACUUUCGACUUGCUGCUGCCACUUUCCGUUAGCCCCAAGGAUUCGCUGCAAAGUCAUCUGGCCAAACAGACGCAGCCAUUGUUCUCCGAUGUCUAA